AUGUUCGUGUUUGGACGAUGUAUGAGUUUGUUGAUAACUCAGUUCUGUCGCAGACAUCGGGCCCACAACAUGGCUCCCCAGCUUUCACGGUUACUCAUAACUUUCGUAAUAACUUAUUUAAUAAUAGGGGUGCAAGGUACACAUAGGAGCAAACGAAGUUUAACGGAUGUAAAGUGUCUUGAAAAUGGGAGGUUUUACAGGAAUCCAGACCGAGCUGAAGAUAAAAUGUGGACUCUUAACGAGUGUGCAAAAUACUAUCUGUGUUUGGAUGGCGAUGUCUUUGAGUUCCAUUGCUCGCCCGGCUUGAUGUUCGAUGUCAACAGACAGCUAUGUGACAUGCAAGCUAAUGUGCACAACUGCGAUCUCACUACGGAGACCCGGAUCCCGAAACCUCUUCUAGAUGCAGCUGAUUGUGCCAAUGAUACCCACAUUGGAUGUGCAAAUGGCGAUUGUAUUCCAGCUGAAUAUUUCUGCGACGGAUCCAUAGACUGCAUGGAUUCAUCCGACGAGGGUUGGUGCGAUGUGAAUUACGAUCCGAAUGCAGCAGAACCAUGUGACCCUAACAUGUGCAUGCUACCGGAUUGUUUCUGCUCAAAACAUGGCGAUGAAAUCCCUGGAAAUCUAGUUCCCAGUCAGACUCCACAAAUGAUCACCCUAACAUUCGAUGGUCCAGUAAACCAUGAAAACUGGGACGCCUACACGAAGCACUUGUUCACUCCGGAGAGGAAGAACCCUAACGGUUGUCCGAUUAAGGCGACAUUUUUCGUUUCACACCCAUAUACGAAUUACAGACACGUACAAAAGCUGUGGAAUGACGGACAUGAGAUAGCAGUUAACUCAAUAACUCGCCGGGGUCCAGAAGAUUGGUGGUCUAAGAAUGCUACCGUGGAAGACUGGUUUGACGAAAUGGUUGGCGAAGCGAAUUUGAUGAACAGGUUCGCCAGGGUUCAUAUGGAGGACUUCAGAGGAAUGCGCGUACCGUUCCUGUCAGUGGGUUGGAACCGACAAUUCCUGAUGAUGCAGGAGUUCGGGUUUGUGUACGACGCUACUAUAGUGGCGCCGCUGUCUGACCCUCCACUAUGGCCUUACACUCUGGAUUAUAAGAUGCCACAUCAAUGUACUGGUAACAAUCAAUAUUGCCCCACGCGAAGUUAUGCAGGGAUAUGGGAGAUGGUGAUCAACCCUCUUUCGAAUGGUGACCAUACAUGUGCCACGCUGGAGUACUGCCCAUCCACCAUGUCUGGUGAAGACGUGUACAACUUACUGGUGAACAACUUCAAGAGACAUUAUCUAAAGAACAGAGCUCCAUUCGGCAUUCACUUGAACUCCACUUGGUUUAAGAAUAAUGAAUAUUUACAGGCUUUCAAGAAAUUCAUAUCAGAAUUGGCGAGAGUACCAGAUGUCUACUUUGUAACUUACAAAGAACUGAUCGACUGGAUCAAGAGACCCACACCAGCUCUACAGCUGAAGAAGUUCCAGCCAUGGCAGUGCAAAGAGCAACAUUUCGAAGAAUCAGAAAUCGCGUGUGGCAAGCCUAACACGUGUAAAUUACCAUCUAAAGUGUUGCAACAUGACAAAUAUAUGAUCACCUGCACAGAAUGUCCCAAAAGCUAUCCGUGGAUAAGAAACGAAUUUGGAUUUGAUUAA